UUAAGUAAUCGAACUAGUUCAGCCGUAUACAACACUAUACAACUCUUCAAGUCACACCGUUCAGAUAUUCAUAUAUAGAUAGUUCUGGAAUUUGUUAGUUUUAAUUACAAAAUAGUCAUAUAUAUUCAGAUUAAGUAAAGCAUUAACAAAGCAGUCAAUAUGUCGGACUGGGAUACGGUAACCGUUUUAAGAAAAAAGGCCCCAAAGUCUAGCCAACUGAAGACCGAAUCAGCUGUGAAUAAUGCACGCCGCCAAGGUGUUGCCGUCGAUACCCAGCAAAAAUAUGGUGCUGGCACCAACAAGCAGCAUGUGACCACGAAGAACACUGCCAAGCUGGAUCGCGAGACUGAAGAAUUGCGGCAUGACAAGAUUCCGCUCGAUGUGGGCAAACUGAUUCAGCAGGGUCGCCAGGGCAAGAAUAUGAGCCAAAAGGACUUGGCCACGAAAAUCUGCGAGAAGCAGCAGGUGGUUACGGACUAUGAAGCCGGUCGCGGCAUACCCAAUAAUUUGAUACUUGGCAAAAUGGAGCGUGUGCUUGGCAUAAAAUUACGUGGCAAGGAGCGCGGCCAACCAAUAGCGCCUCCCGGUAAAAAGUGAGAUGAUGCUGCUGCGUCCACUGUCGUGGUCGCUCCGCCGAUGAUCAACAAAAAUGCCAGACACCAGCAACAACAGGAGUCUGGCGGCUGGAGCACCGUCAGCAGCAGGCGCAAAUGAAGCACUAUCGGGAGGCUGUCGCACCAAACAAAAUCGGGUUAGCAGCUAAAAACACAAGCAACAAACAAACACGAGGAGAAUGAACGAGUUAAGAUACCACAACAACUACAACAACAACAACAACCACAACCAAUCCAAGCAAACAAACAUGAGCGCCAAACAACAACAAACGCAUUAAAUUCUUUGCCACAUUUGCUUUUCUUUUAAUUAUAACAACCCCGUCCCCAUUUAUUUUGCUGACAAAAAUUCAAACAUUGUAAUUCAAUAUUGGUAUAACAAAAAAAAAAAAACCGCACACACACACACACACACGCGCAUACCUCAAGGGACAAUGCACAAACGGACACGACAACAACAAAAAAACUGAACUCAAUGAAAUAUUUCUAUUAAAUUGAGUCACAAACAGCUUGAAAUGUUGUGCUCAUGGCUGGAACAAAAAUUGUUUUGUUUAUUAUUUUGCUCAUUUUGGCAUAUUUAAAAAAUAUAUAAAUUAUUGUUUUGUUUAUGGAUACAUAAUGUUUAUGCAUUUAAAUGAAUAUAUACACAUACACACACAUGCAUACAAAAGUUCUUUUAAUCUUAACCCCAAGCCGAACUCUAGAUAAACUAAAAAAUUCCUUUAGUUUUAUUAACCCGAACUCGAACCCCCAACACAUCCAAACUUAAGCUCAUCUUGUGGUUGUUCUCAUUGAAAAAAAUUAAAAAAAAAAAACAAAAAGAGAAAUACAUUAAAUAUAUUUAACAUUCAUAUAAAAUAUGCAUGCAUCAUAAAUA